CUUAUUCAAAAUGCAUAAAUUAGAUUUUAAAAAAAAAUUGAUAAAUAAUGAACAAAACUAUUCUAUGCAGUUGAUUCAAUUAACUAUAAAAAGAAUUCGAAAAAAUAUUAAAAUCUUAGUGUUUUUGUUUUUCAAAAAAAGGAACCAAACUAUUUCAUCAUUUCUGUGCAACAAUGAAUAAAUCGUCAUUAUUGUUGCUAUUAUAUUUCAUAUUAUGUAAUUUUCUAUCGGUUAUUUUCUGUAGACAUGUAAAUGCAUAUUUCAGUCAACGCUCUAAUCAAUACAAUGGAUAUAAUGGCGGGGAUAAAAUUUAUGGAUCCAUAAAUGGUAAUUAUGAUCCGAAUAUCUACAAUAACUACCGUAAUACCAAUGAUAAUAAUAAUAAUAAUAAUUAUGGUACUUCCAGUUAUUAUCCAACAUCUUCUGAUUUGCAUAACAAGAACAAUGGUGAUAAUUACAAUAUUAAUUAUAAUGAUGGUGAACAUAACACUAACGAUUAUACAUCAACAAAGAAUAAAUAUCAAGUAAAUAAUUACAAUGAAGAUUAUACACCAAGUACUAUCACACCAUCCAAUGAUUAUGGGAUCGCUUCAAUUAGCACUGGAGUUAUGUCUGGUUCUAAGCAUAGUCAUGGUCGUUUAGAUGUGAAUGGUAGAAUGACUGGUAUUGGUCAUCAAGAUUAUGGUGUACAUUAUUUAUCGUUGACUAAAUUCCGUAAAGGUGGCGGUUAUGAUAUUUUUGGGAAAAAACGACAAUUUUUAGAUUACGAUACAUUGGGACAUGUGAAAAAAUAUGGUAAUAAACAAAUGAGAGCGAAAUUCGAAGUUGUUGGCAAUUUGAAAGGUUCUUUAACGUUCAAUGAAAAAUCAAGUAUUACACCAAAUGGAGGUGGUAGUAAAAGUUACAAUGGCAAAAGUGGAAAAAGUGGUCGAACCUAUUGAAAACUUAAACAACAAUCUAAUACUAGUGAAGAAGAAAAAGAAGAAUGACAAUAAUAAUAAUAAUAAUAACAAUUAUUAAUAAUAAUAAUAUAAUUAUAUUAAUCAUCAUCAAAAAAAUAAUGGUGUUUGUUUUACACAAAACCAAUAAACAAUAAACAUAAUGUUAUUUAUGAGAAAUAAUUUCAUCGAUUGAAAUUGUAAAUCAUUUCAACAUUUUGUCCAGCAUUCUUGUCUGAACUUUUUCAGGGUGAUUUUCUAAUCAACAUCAAAAUUACGGCUCAACUAUUGAUUGAAUAUUCUUAUAAGUUUAACAUAAUAACAUGAAGUGUCUCUGAUGUAACAAUAAUAAACGAUAUAUAUACUUAGUAGAAAUAAAGUAUUCGAG